UUUGUGGCCUAGAUCCAAUGACAGCUGAUUGCCCCCUGAAUGCCGGUUGUCUUCUGCUUUUUCAUUCGAAGCCCUUCGUCGGAUUGAGCAAUUGUUUGGCUUUGCUUGAUCAAUAAAUUAGCCGCUGCCUAGGGGAUACUUCCGCAAGGUGUUGAGACGAGACACCUUCCGUGUCGGGCCGCACGCAAAUCAGCCCCAGGCAUGCCAUCACACUCGAUCUGGCCUCCGCAGCGAUGACAAACUUUUUGGAUCAAUUACCUGAGCAUAUUAGAAAAAUUGCUGAGAGCGUCAAUGUUCUCACACCAGAGGCCGUGCUGACGACGCCCAGGGUCAAGUUCCUGGACACCCGCACCAAAUCUCUGAACACGCUGGUGGGUAACUGCACGCCGGAUGAUGUGCGCGUGCUGAAGGAUGCGGCAGCCAAGUGGCUGGCGGAGACUCCGCUGUCAGCCGAUUCCCUGUUCAAGCCGCUGGCCAACAUCAAAUGGUCACGGGUGUCCUUUGGCUGCACUGCUCUGGAUCGCUGCACGGGCGGAGGUGUGGUCACGCGGGGUAUAACCGAAAUCUGCGGCGCCGCCGGUGUGGGCAAGACACAGCUGCUCCUGCAGCUGGCGCUAUGUGUGCAAUUGCCGGUCAAGCUGGUUGGCCUUGGCAAGGGAGUGGCCUAUAUAUGCACAGAGGAUGCCUUUCCGGCGCGCCGUCUGCUGGAGAUGAGCAAGGCCUUGGAGGCGCGCUACCCCCAGGAGCAGCUCAACUUUCUGGGCAACAUAUUCGUGGAGCAUCAGUACGAGAGCCAACCCCUUUUCGACUGUGUGAGCAAUCGGUUGCCGCGACUGAUGGCGCAGCACAGCAUUGGCCUGAUCAUCAUCGACUCGGUGGCUGCCAUCUUCCGGCUGUACACGGACUACCUAGAUCGUGCCCGCCAAAUGCGCCGCUUGGCCGAUGCCCUCAUCAGCUAUGCGGACAAGUACAACUGCGCCGUGGUGUGCGUCAAUCAAGUGGCGGCCAGUGCCAGUUCGGAGACCAGGCCGCUGCAGGAUGAAGUGCCCUGCCUGGGGCUGCAAUGGGCGCAUCUGGGACGCACUCGCAUACGCAUUUCGCGGGUGCCCAAGCAGCACAGGGUCAGGGAUCAACUGCUCACGGUACGAAAGCUGGAGAUUGUCUACUCGCCGGAGACGCCCAAUAACUUUGCCGAGUUCCUGAUCACAUCCCAGGGUGUGGUAGAUGUGCCAUCAGCCGAACUAUCCGCCCGCCCACCGGCCAAAAUGCGACGCUUGUGAUUCAUUGAAUUUAUUAUUUUUUAUAUUCUUUUUAAUUUGUUGAAUUUAAAAUGUGUAACGGCGGCGACUUGUUGUUCUCUUUUGCCAUAUUUAGGUUUUUUUUUUUCGGGCUUUUUUUUUUGUUUUGUUUUUUUGUACAAACACUCAAUAAAUAUGUUCCAUUCAAUUGUAAUUUACAGGGUAGCAUAGCUUAGACCUAC